AUGGCAACAGGUGACCUUGCUGCAGGAUGUCUUCUACCCCAGAGCUGCCCCCCCUCCUCUUCACCACGCUACCCCCCCUUCCCAUCAGCCACUCCGGGACUCCUGACGGUGGAGCCCAAUGCCACCUCCUGCCAGGAGUGGGAGCAGGCCCACCACCUACUCUUCCACCUGGGGAACCUGUCCCUGCUGCUGGGCCUGGUCAUCCCCACCACCUUGAACCUGCACAUGAUCCUGCUACGCGUCUUCCUGAUGACAGGAUGUGGUCUCUUCAUUGUGUGGGCAGCGUUGUACAGAUGUAACCUGGAUGUGAUGGUUUGGAAUUUGGUCUUCCUGGUGGUCAACUUCAUGCACUUGUUCUUCCUCCUGUACAAGCGCAGGCCGAUUAAGAUUGACAGGGAGCUGAGGUCGGUCUACAAGCGGAUGUUUGAGCCCCUUCAUGUGCAGGAGGCUCUGUUUCAGAGGCUCACGGGCCAGUUCUGCACCAUCCAGACGCUGAAGAAGGGCCAGGCCUACGCUGCUGAGGACAAGACCUCUGUGGAUGAACGCCUCAGUAUUCUCCUCAAAGGAAAGAUGAAGGUGUCAUACCGAGGCCAUUUCCUCCACAACAUCUACACCAAUUCAUUUAUAGACUCUCCAGAGUUCAGGUCCACUGCGAUGAACAGAGGAGAGAAGUUCCAGGUGACCAUCAUGGCAGAGGAGAACUGUAAGUUUCUGUGUUGGUCUCGAGAGAGGCUCACCUACUUCCUGGAGUCAGAUACAUUCCUCAAUGAGGUGUUCAGGUACCUCAUUGGCAAAGACAUCACCAACAAACUCUACUCUCUCAAUGACCCCACACUCAGUGACAAGGCAGUGAAGAAGAUGGACCGCCAACCCAGCCUGUGCUCUCAGCUGUCUAUGAUGCAGAUGAGGAACAGCAUGGCCAGUACCAGUGACACUGAUGAUGUACUGAACCAGAUCCUACGAGGAGGAUCUGCUGGCUCCUCUAUCCAAAAAUCACCUAGCACCAAAACCUCCUCAAAAAUGAAGCCCAUAGAAGAAGGCAUGGAGGACGACGUUUUCGAAGAGUCUCCCUCCAAGCCUCGCCGUCUGUCCAGCACCUCCACUGAGGAAGUGUAGCCUGCAGGGGAAAAAAUGUCAAGAAACUGCAGUACAGAAAGAUAUGUUUCAGGUCAUUUAGAAACCAGUGUCUCCAUGACAUAGUUUGUCCUCCAGAGAGCGCUGAAAAAUAGAUUUUCACACUGUAAAAUGUCCCAAGACAAUGUCCCGGACACUGUUCUUUAAUAACCAAAUUUAAGGGAUCCUCAUCAAAAAUGUUUAUGUGCUAAAAAGAAAAAAAAAAAAGAAAAACCAAUUUUGGCUGAUACACUGAAAAUAUUGUUCAUUCAAUGCACAUUUUGUAAUUCCAGCCGUCUAAAACUCUUUGUUUUAAUUUUAGAGUUUGACCAAAGUGUUUUUCUAAAUUUGGAUUAAAUGAAGUUGGUGGAGGAGGACAAAUAUUGUAGCUAGCCUAAUAUCAGUAGUUUGUGUGCAGUAUGUGGUACAGUAGGUAUGUAGGGAGGCCUCCCAGCAUGCAACUGGACAAAAGACUCAUGGACAUGUGUCUCAUUUUAUUUAAUGUUUCUGUAUUGUUACUGGUGUUGUUGCGUUUUACACUGUGUUCACUGUUUCCACACUUCCAUUGUUGAAAAUAUACAAAGGUAUAAUACUGUAAUAUUUUACAUGAUCAUAAACUUUAAAAAUGACUUAUUUCAGUUGCAACAACUCUGCUAAAGUGGUUUGCCUUAAUUAAAAAAAUUGCUGCGAUGCUAGUAGAUAACUCUCAGAACAGAACCAAUAUAAAUUCUUUCACUGUUUGUGGAAAAUGUAAGCUUUCUCUGUUGUGUGAUCAUGUGUUGAUGCAAAUCCAUUUUUAUUAUAUAUUUUUUUCCACAUAGACACAGCCAGCUUUAGCCACAAACUCAUUAAAUGUCACAACUUUCACGUCAGAGUCUUUGCUGAAUUUACUGGUGUAUUGUUUUGAAUGUGGGUUGACGUAUAAGCCAGUGCACCAUGUGUGUUUAAUAAGUAUUUGUAUUAAAAUGUCUUGUCCUACUGUUUGCUGCAGCAGAACUAAAGUCAGUUGCUUUAAUGGGGAGUAAAGGAUGUGAUAUUGUAUUUGUAGGACUAGAGUGCCCCCCUGUGGCCAUAAUGUGCCAUGCAUGCUUGGUUCAUGUAAUAAAGUCACCGAUGAGCAGUCAGUGCUGUCGAGUAAAGAA